CGGGAAGGAAGAACGCUUGCCUUUAAUCAGAAUGUGCAACUUUAUUUUGCCCAUCAGGUUUCAGUGAGUGCUUAGCAAGUUGCAUCCAAAUAAAUGCCACAUGCAUAGAAAGCUGGUUGUCUGCAGCAGUAUAGAGGGUGUUCAGGAGAGAGAUGGGCCGCGAAGGAGAGAGAGGAGAUUGCGAAGAAGAAGGGCUAAUGGCUACGGAUUUUUUCUGGUCGUACACGGACGAGCCGCAUGCCACACGGAGGAAGCAGAUCCUCGCCAAGUAUCCUCAGAUUCGAGAGCUCUUUGGACCCGAUCCCUGGGCUUUCAUCAAGAUUAAUGCAGCUGUUCUCAUUCAACUAUGGACAGCAACCUACCUUUGCAGUGCUAGUUGGCUGAAGAUACUUACAGUUGCAUACUUCUUUGGCUCUUUCCUCAACCACAACCUCUUCCUUGCCAUCCAUGAGCUAAGCCACAACCUUGCCUUCUUAACCCCUUGCUACAAUCGCUGGCUGGGGAUCUUCGCCAAUCUCCCCAUUGGCGUUCCGAUGUCCAUCACAUUUCAAAAGUACCACCUCGAACACCAUCGCUUCCAAGGAGUCGACGGCAUUGACAUGGACAUUCCUACCUAUGCUGAGGCUCAUGCUAUCAAGAAUGCUAUCACCAAAUCCAUCUGGGUCAUCUUGCAGCUCUUCUUCUAUGCGUUCCGGCCGCUCUUCCUAAAGCCGAAGAAACCAGGCAUGUGGGAGUUCAUUAACCUUCUAAUCCAGGUUUCCAUGGACUCCUGCAUGGUAUAUUUCUGGGGAUGGAAGUCUCUUGCCUAUCUUAUCCUAUCAACAUUUGUUGGUGGAGGAAUGCAUCCAAUGGCUGGUCACUUUAUCUCUGAGCACUAUGUGUUUCGUCCAGGACAGGAGACUUAUUCUUACUAUGGCCCUCUGAAUCUUAUGACUUGGAGUGUGGGUUAUCACAAUGAGCACCAUGAUUUCCCCAGAAUUUCAGGAAGCAGGCUUCACAAAGUGAAGGAGAUAGCGCCAGAAUACUACAUGAACUUGUCGUCAUACAGAUCAUGGAGCCAGGUGAUCUACAUGUACGUCAUGGAUCGAACAGUAGGACCCUUCAGCCGGGUGAAGAGGAAGUUGGAUGCAAAAGUGAAGAAAGCAGCAUAGAUUGCUCACCUGCUAUUUGCUUGGUUCGACCAAAUUCGAUUUUCUUUUGAUGUUUAUAUCAUUUUUUUUAAGAAACAUUCUUAUAAAAUUUUGUAUUUCUGUUAGCGGCUGAUCUAAUGAGUUCAGUUGUGUGAUUUCUGUUGUGUAAUAUUAUUUAUUCGUUAUUUGAGUAGUAUACUGAAGUCUUCCUGGUCCA